UGCACUUCUGUUACAUCCACUCACUAUUAAUGUACACAUGUGUUUAUAGAAAAUUUUGAUUUUAACCUGAUAUUUCACACCUGUUGAUCACGUCUACGUUUUAUUCUUUUAUUUAGGUAUUUUAUUUCAGAAAUCAUAACAUGUGGAUCCGGGUGAGAACUAUGGAUGGCAAAAUCUCUUGUCGUGUAAAUGGUCUUUCAAAAUUAACAAAGAUUGAAGAUCUACGAAAGAUGCUUGUUGAUAAAUUUGAUGCACCAGUAACUAGACAAAGGCUUUUUUACCGAGGAAAACAGCUUGAAGAUGGUCAUACUUUAUAUGACUAUGAUGUAGGUUUAGACGACACUGUACAAAUAAUGAUCAAAACAGUUGAUAUUGAUAUGGGGAAAACAACUUCUCCUUCAAAACAAUCUAUCAAUUUGAUAGACAAAGUUGACAAAGAAAAUAAUAGGGAUGCAUUGCUGAACAGCAAGUUAGAAAAUCAGAUUUCUAGCCAAUAUUUUAAGAUAGGUGAUUUGGUUGAUGCUAAAGAUUUAACUAAUGGUGCGUGGUUUGAAGCAAAAAUUUUAGACAUCAAACAUGCUAGCAGCACUGACAAGCAUAUACUUCAAGAUCAACAAAUGAAUGACCAGUUGGAAACAGACAAAGAUACAAUGGAUACAUCUAAAAUAAGAAAUGAUGGAUUUAUUUAUCGAGUUGCAUUUGAAGACUAUGAAGACUUUGAAGAUCCUGUUGAUUUAAGUUUGCAUAAUAUUCGCCCAAGAGCCCGAAAGUUAAUGAAAUUAGAGGAUUUAAAAAAAGGUGAUAAAGUGAUGGUAAAUUACAAUAUUGAAGAACCAAAGGAGAGAGGGUUUUGGUAUGAUUGUUGCAUAACUGAUGUGAAAAUAAAUAGAACCACUAAGUCGAUGACUGCUACAAUAUUUAUAGGAGCUGAUUCUACCCCACUUGAAAAUUGUAAAAUUAUUUUUCUUGAUGAAAUAUUUGCAAUUGAAAAAACCAUUGCAUUAGCUGAUAAAACUUCAGAAGAAAAUGUAGUUGCACCAAGAGGAAAGAUGCCAAAAUGCACCCACUGCAAGGAUAUACCAACUAGAAAGUGCAAAAUCUGCAGUUGUCAUAUUUGUGGUGGUAAAGACCAACCUGAAAAACAGAUUCUGUGUGAUGAAUGUGAUCUUCCAUAUCAUUUGUGGUGUUUGACUCCACCUCUAGCUGAAAUACCUGAAGAAGAUGACUGGUAUUGUCCUGAAUGUAAAGUUGAUGAAACUGAAGUGGUUCGUGCUGGUGAAAAAUUAAAAACCAGUAAAAAGAAAGCCAAAAUGGCAUCAGCAAAUUCAUCUACUUCUCGUGAUUGGGGUAAAGGCAUGGCUUGUGUUGGCCGAACAAAGGAAUGUACAAUAGUUCCAUCAAAUCACUUUGGUCCAAUUCCUGGUGUUGAAGUUGGAACAUUGUGGAAAUUUAGAGUUCAGGUUUCUGAAAGUGGUGUUCAUCGACCUCAUGUUGCUGGUAUACAUGGACGAGAGAGUGAUGGUGCCUUCUCAAUUGUAUUAUCUGGUGGUUAUGAAGAUGAUUUGGAUGAAGGAGAAGAGUUUAAAUACACAGGAAGUGGAGGCAGAGAUUUAUCAGGAAACAAACGAUGUGCGGAACAAUCUUGUGAUCAAACUUUAACUCGAAUGAAUAAGGCUUUAGCAUUAAAUUGUAAUGCUCCUUUAAAUAAAAAUGGUGCUGAAGCUAAAGAUUGGAAGGCUGGGAAACCUGUGCGUGUAGUAAGGAACUACAAAGGCAGGAAACAUUCCGAAUAUUGCCCAGAGACGGGUAAUCGAUAUGAUGGAAUAUAUAAGGUUGUAAAAUAUUGGUCAGAAAAGGGGAAAUCUGGAUAUUUAGUUUGGAGGUAUUUAUUGAGACGAGAUGAUCCCACUCCUGCACCGUGGACAAAAGCUGGAAAAGCGAGAAUUAAAGAAUUAGGAUUGGAAAUGCAGUAUCCAGAAGGUUAUCUUGAAUCUCAAGAAAAGGAAGAUGCUGCUGAAAAUGUCAGAGGGAAAAAAGAGAAAAAAGGUCAAAACGAUGACAAUCCUCGGUCUAAAAAGAAAAGAAAAGUGUGUUAUAGUGUGCCUUCUGAAGUGGAAAAACAUAUCAAAGAUGAUAAACCGAAUAAAAAGUUGUGGAAAGAAUGCUUAGAAAUUGUUAAUGAAGGGCCUCAACAAUUCUUGAAAAAAGUCGAGGAGAUUUUUUCAUGCAUUUGCUGUCAGGAAGUUGUUUUUAAUCCUGUUACAACUGUAUGUUACCAUAAUGUAUGUAAGUCUUGUCUGGAUAGAUCUUUUAAAGCAGAAGUCUUCAGCUGCCCGAUGUGCCGUCACGAUCUAGAAAAAACCUGCAUCAACCAAGUGAACAAGAAUCUUCAAAAGGCUCUGUUAUCACUUUUUCCUGGUUAUGAUGCUGGUCGUUAACCAAACUAUUUGCAUGGAAAUGGUAGUUUGAAAGUAUGCAGAUAUUUAAUCAGCAUUGAUAUAUAUAUAUAUACAUUUGUAACAUUAUUUUUUACUAUAAAAAUUAGAAUGACUGUGAAUGAAUGAAGUUUUAGAAUUUAAAUUUGCAUUGUAAAACAGUGCAUAUUUAAAAUUUGAUCUAUAAUUUUUUUAAAAAUGAAUUAUUAGAAUAUAUUUUAAGAUUUCUUUCAUUUACUGUAUUUUACAACUUGAAUUUUUAAUGUGCCAUCUGGAAUGAAAUUUAUAUUUUAGCAUU